UCUGUGCCCGGCCCUGGGAAUAAUGUCGCGUGCUUUCGUCCGUCUCGUCUCGUCGUCCCUUUCUCUGCCGUGUUGCCUCUGUACGUGUCCUUUUCCUUCCUUAAUAGCUCGAGCCUGUAUCCAGAAAGAAGAAGCCAGCUAGCUAGCUCUCUCUCUCUCUCUCUCUCUCUCUCUCUCUCUGUUGGCGCGUGGGUGGGGGUGGCUUGUGGGCUCUCUUUCUUGCCUUGCAAGAGCUAGCUUUCUCUUGGAUCAUCAUUUUCUCUGCCCCCACAUUCCCGGAUAUCCCAGUGCCCUAUAUAUAAUUCAAGUUCCAUGUGCAAAAACAAAAACACACACAUACAGUUAUGUUAGGUUGUUGACUGAUCGAUCAGACAAAUCCAGUGGUAGCACGAUUUUGUUUUAUUUGUUCUCCGAACCAGCACCGCCAAAAUGAGACCGUCAUCGCUGCCUCCUUCUUCUUCUUCUCUGUCAUCGUCAUUGCCAUCGUCGUCGUCGACCUCCAUUUUCGGGAUUGGAACUCCCGAUGACACCACCAUGGAGAGGAGCAGCUCCACCUCUUCUUCCAGCAGGACGACUCCGGGCAGCUCGAGGCUACAGCCGACGCGCAGCCGCCUCGGCGUCGACGAGGAGUACGACAGCGCCUUCAAGUCCAAGUCUUUCCUCGACCUCUGGUCGCACGCGCACCGCCACCUCAGGCACACCUUCUCCUCCUCGCCGUCCUUCAAGCUCGCCACGUCGUCGUCGUUCAAGUCCGCCGGCGUCGUCAAGGACCACGACCACGACGCGGCGUCGGACGCCGCCUUGGAGCAGUCGUGCUCGUACACCGUCCUCGACGACUUCGUGCUGGAGCCCAGCCCGGAGGUGCUCGCGCGGGGGCGAGGGCGGCGGAGGCGGAGGCGCCGCGUCGACAAGCUGCUGGUCGAGUACUUCGACGUGACGCAGGAGGCCUGCGAGGCGUGCUCCUCGCUCCUCGCCGCCAUCGCCGCGGCGCGGCGCCACCAGCUGACGCUCCGCCGCCUACUCCGCCGGCUGGAGGACGACGACGACGACGACCAAGCCGCCGCGUGGGACGCAGUCGCGGCGCACGUCCGCCUCGACAACCCUCUGUCGUCGCCGGGCCGGCUCGCGGCGUUCCACGCCGUGCACGGGCGGUGCGGCCCGCUCGCGGCGCGUCUGGCGUCGGCGCAGCGCCGGCUGCGGCGGCUGGCGCGGGCGAUGCGCGUGGCGCGGGGCGCGGCCGCGGCGGCGCUCGUGGCGGCGUGUGCGGCGGCCAUCGUGGCCUCGGUGGUGUUCGCCGCGCACGCCGUGGUGGGCAUCGGGGCGGCCGCCGCUGCCGCGGGCGUGGGAGCUGGCCCGGCCACCUCCGUGCGGCGGCGGUGGUACGCGCGCGCGGGCGCCGCGGUGGACGCAGCGGCGCGCGGCGCAUACAUCGUUGGACGGGACCUGGACACGGUGAGCUGUAUGGUGCGGCGCGCGCACGACGAGCUGGAGCACGGUCGCGACGUGGCGCGCAUCGCGGUGCAGGGCCGCGGCGAGCGCCCGCUGCUGCAGGAGGUGACGAGGGAGGAGGCGGAGUGCGAGGAGGACCUCAGGACGCAGCUGGAGGAGCUAGAGGAGCAUGUCUGCCUCUGCCUCAUCACCAUCAACCGGAGCAGGAGGAUGGUGGCGCACGAGAUGACGGGAGGCUCGCUGCAGCCGACGCCACAACAUUAGCUUCUGUGUGAGUGAGAAAGACGAGGAAACGAUUUGGUUUCUCAUCAUUGUUCAUAUGAUCGAUUCUAUAGUUGAAACUAGACGAAUAAUUCUUUUACAUGUACAGUAGUAGUAUACGAAAAUUUUUAUAGGAAGGGUGUGUGUACGACCGAGGUACAAAUACUCAUUUGAACUUGUUUACUUGAGAUAUGUUUUUCCUUUUGUU